AUGUAUGAAAAUUUUCAUAUUUUUUGGAUAGGUGGUGGUGACAGCAAUAAAGGAAAGAGUAAGAAAUGGCGGAAGAUACUUCAGUUCCCACACAUUUCCCAGUGCAUCGGCCUAAAAGAUAAACUGGACAUCAGGUACAGUUAUGUGGUGGACCAGCAGCCGAUUGGGCGGCUGCUCUUCCGACAAUUCUGCCAGGACAAAAAGCCAGCCUAUCACCGCUACAACCUCUUUCUGGACGCGAUCGAGAAGUACGAGAUUGAGCUUGACGAAAAUCGCAUCGAUCUGGCGAAAGAGCUGUUCGAGCAGUACUUGAAGCGGGAGGGUUCGGAGGUGGUCGACAUCCUGAACGAUUCCUUGAUCUCUCAGUGCGAGGAACGACUCAGCACCGGCGGCAAGGAGCUCUUCACCGAGGUCGCACAGACCGUGAAAAACUUCCUGGCUGGCGAGCCGUUCUCGGCCUUCCUCAGCAGUUUCUACUUCUACAGGUAUCUCCAGUGGAAAUGGCUGGAGGCGCAACCAGUGACAUACAAGACCUUCCGGAUGUAUCGGGUAUUGGGCAAGGGUGGCUUCGGGGAGGUCUGCGCUUGCCAGGUACGCGCCACCGGUAAAAUGUACGCGUGCAAGAAAUUGGAGAAGAAGCGCAUCAAGAAGAGGAAAGGCGAGUCGAUGGUACUAAUCGAGAAGAACAUCCUGCAGAAGAUCAAUUCCAAGUUUGUCGUCUCGCUCGCGUAUGCGUACGAGACGAAGGACGCUCUCUGCCUCGUGCUGACUAUCAUGAAUGGCGGUGAUCUCAAGUUCCAUAUUUACAAUAUGGGCGGUGAGCCAGGUUUUGACAUAAAUCGCGCCCGAUUCUAUGCGGCCGAGGUCGUGUGCGGUCUGGAGCAUCUUCAUCUUCAAGGUAUUGUCUAUAGGGACUGCAAGCCGGAGAACAUACUGUUAGACGAUCAUGGUCAUGUGAGAAUAUCCGAUCUCGGUCUCGCGGUGGAAAUUACGGAGGGCGACAUGGUGCGCGGUAGGGUCGGCACGGUGGGUUACAUGGCGCCUGAAGUGAUCGACAAUGAGAAGUACACCUUUUCGCCAGAUUGGUUCAGCUUUGGCUGCCUACUGUACGAGAUGAUCGAGGGCCAAGCGCCGUUCCGCGCUCGCAAGGAGAAGACCAAACGCGAGGAAAUCGAUAGACGCGUCAAGGAGGAUCAAGAGAGGUAUUCGUCCAAGUUCAGCGAGGAUGCCAAAAGUCUGUGCCAACAGCUAUUAAAGAAGAGUCCGAAGAACAGACUAGGUUGCAAGUGCGGUCGACACGGGGCGAAAGAGGUGAAACUCCACAGUUUCUUCCAGUGCCUGAAUUGGAAGAGGGUCGAGGCUGGUAUGUGGGAACCGCCGUUUGUGCCAGAUCCUCGUGCGGUUUAUGCUAAAGAUGUUUUGGACAUCGAGCAGUUCUCCACGGUGAAAGGUGUUAAUUUGGACGCCACGGAUGAUACCUUCUACAGCAAGUUCAACACCGGCAGCGUGUCCAUUCCAUGGCAAAAUGAGAUGAUAGAGACUGAGUGUUUUAAGGAACUGAAUGUAUUAGGUCCUAACAACACGCCCACCCCAGACUUAUUGAUAAACCAUACACCGCCCAACAAUGACGACAGAGGCUGCUUUCCUUUUCGGAGAAAGAGGAAACAGAGCGAUCGCACAAGGGAGAUCCCGUUGUCGGAGUGCCACUUGCUGGAAUUGUCGCAGACGCAGAGCUCGGAAAUGCCAGCCAGCUGAUCUAUGG